AUGAGUGUUGAAAUUUCGCUCUUUCAAGUAGACGAUAAAAACUGGUGGAAAUGGUUCUUUAGGGGCAUUUUUUGCAACCCCUAUGUCAGCAUCAGUAUUUCGAAAAAACUUCUUUCAAAAUCUCGCCCGAAAGAAUUUGCUUAUGUUUCUCACUUUCAAUGGGCAGUUUUCAUCAUAUUCCUUCUGCUGGAUAAUUUCGAUCUCCACCAACUAUCAACUUUUACCAAGCUCAUUGGAAUGGCCUUAUGGUUUGUUUACAUUUUUCUCGUCAUUCGUCUCCGCUACCGAUUCAACCAAAAGAAACUCGAGGAUCAUUGCCACUUGAUGGCGCUUUUGUACACUUGCUGCUGCCCCUGUAGUUACGGCCAGAUGGGAGCCGAACUUUUAGAAAAGAAAUCUGCCAUAAUCACUGUUUGA